AUGACCGAAAGCUCGCCACAGCCCGGCGACAAUGAUACCCACGAUAAGACGAUAGAACCAAAGUCGAGUCACGAAUCCAUACCCGAUCAUGGCACCGGCGCCGUAGGAACAGAGGGUUCCGCCCGUGUCCGAGCUUCGUCUGGUGCCAGCGCGGAGACCGGAGAUGGCACCGGGGCAUCUGGAGCACAGUCUAGCGGGGAUGAAGAUGAAAGCGACGAGGAGGAGGGCGACAACGAUGGCGACGACAAUGACGAUGAGGACGACGAGGAUGAGGAAGACGAUGAUGAGCCGAAGCUCAAGUAUGCGCGCCUUACACAACACCUUGGGCCAGUUUAUCGAAACGGCGAUGCUACAAGCGCAUUUCUUGUGGCCGGAGACAAGAUGCAUGUAGUUCAAUUGCCGGCGUUUCAGUCUCUGCGGGUUUACCACGCCCACUCCGCCUCGGUUACCGCCGUUUCGAUCUCCCCAUUCCCUCCUCCGCUCCCGAGUAUCAAGAUGGACAGCGCACUUAGGUCUGUCCCAAACAGUCCUCUACGACCAGCGACCGCAACGAACGAGAGUCAUGCCUCCCCAGCCGCCGCCGCAAGGAGGAUGAAGGAGUCUCCAACGGUGCUAAAUACUCCAUCCAACAACAUUUACAUUGCAACAUCGUCUCUGGAUGGCAACAUCUGCGUACAGUCCUUGGUGGACCCUAAGGAUGUGCAGCUGCGGAACUUUGCCCGCCCUGUGCAGGCAGUCGCGCUUUCGCCCGAGUACAAGAGCGAUAGGACGUACUUGUCUGGUGGGCUUUCCGGCCAGCUCAUUCUGACUGUCGGCGCACCGACGGGAAGAUCAACAGCUAUGACAGCGGGCGCGACCGCGCAGGCCGCUGGCUGGCUCGGCGGCAUGGUCGGGGCCGGCAGCGGCAAGGACACAGUGCUACAUUCGGGUGAAGGCACCAUCAACACAAUCAAAUGGUCAUUGUCUGGGCGAUACGUGGUUUGGUUGAAUGAGCAUGGUAUUAAGAUUAUGCGCACGAAGCUCCACCUGGACCACGCCGACGCCGAGGAUGCCUGGAAACGUAUUGGACAUAUCGAUCGGCCCCAGACGGAAGAGUGGGAGACAAUGGCCAGCGUCUGGAAGGGCAGGGUUGAGUGGGUUGACGAGCAGGCCGUCGAGCCUGACGAGACCAGUCCGGACCACAACGAGGUUGCGUUGUCACCGGCAGCCGAGAGCCUAAAGCAGCAGCAACUCAAGAACAUCAAGAAGAUCGAGCGGUUGCUCGUGGGGUGGGGUGGCACCAUUUGGAUCAUUCAUGUCCAUCCUGGUGCCAUCGGUACGGGGAGGAAUGCCGGAGAGAGGUCCGCCGGGCGAGCGGAGAUUGGGGAAGAGGAAGGCGGCCAGCAAUCGCAGGGCCAUGGCCGCUCGUUAUCGGAAACUUCUACGGAAAGUAGGCCAUCGGGCGGCAUCCCGCGGAGGCAAAACAACCAGCCCCCAGAGUUACGUCUUAUCGAUCUCUCGUCACAAGCGGAAGUAGACAAGGACGGGCUCACCAUCAGCCGUUUUGAGAGGCUAUCAUCCAACGACUACCACCUCGGUAUCCUUCCCGCGCAGAACGCGGCGGCAGCCGUGUCGUCCCGGGGUGCUUUGGAGACGCUCGCAGGACUUGGGACGGACGUGUUGAACGCUGCGCUGAAUCCCAUGGCGCUCUUUAGCUCUGCGGCCAGUGUCAUGAGCAAGAAUAGCGACGGAGCCUCCGGAAUUAAUGUGCCUGCCUCGGGGACCCGGACCGGCCGCACCUCAGUGCACCCACAUCUCAUCAAGCCUGGCGUCAAGAUUUUCAUCCAUAGUCCGUAUGACUGUAUUCUUGCUACGCGGCGAGAUUUGAGUGACCACUUGGCGUGGCUUUUGGACCACAACCAGUACCAACAGGCUUGGGAGCUGGUGGACCGGCAUCCUGAAGUCAUGUCGGGGGUUUCCGACCUUUCUCCAAGUACACCCCAGAAUACGCAAAGCACAGAUGACUUUUAUGACGACACGGCAUCGGUUGCUGAAGGCAUGCGGUCCUUCUACUCGUCGGCCGAAAAGGAGAAACGGCGGAUCGGGGAGCUGUGGAUACAAGACGUCAUUGAGACUGGAGACUGGUCAAGGGCAGGGCAAAUAUGUGGAAAGGUCCUCGGCACGCCUGAUCGAUGGGAGAAGUGGGUGUGGACGUUUGCUGGCGCGAACAAGUUUGAUGAUAUUGUGAACUACAUACCAGCGGAGCGGACGCGACCGCCCAUGCCGGGGACUUUGUACGAGGUCAUGCUAGGACACUACCUCCAAGCAAACAAACCCAAGUUCCGCGGGCUGUUGGAUCGAUGGGCUCCAGACUUGUACGAUGUGGGUACCAUCACGACCGCGCUGGAGGAUCAACUCAAGUACCGGGACGUGCGGGAAGACAGCGUUGAGGACGGUGAGGUCGGGCGUGACUGGCGGAUAGUCAUGGAGAGUCUCGCCAAGCUACACGAGGCAAACGGCAGAAACCGGGAGGCUCUCAGAUGCCACAUCAAACUCCAGGAUGCAGACUCAGCCAUGCGGCUGAUCAAGGAGGGCCACCUUGCUGAUGCCGUGGCCGAUGACAUACCGAGCUUCAUCGGUCUGCGUGUGCCCCAAGGUCAAGCUAGCAAAAUGAGUCAGGCCGAACUCGAGGAUGCCACAGCUGAGGCGGUCACCCUACUGGUCGACGAGGCACAGCAUGGCCUAGUGAAGCCCGAGGUGGUCAUCAACCAAUUGCUGGCGAAAAAGUUGGACCUGUACACCUUUUUCUACCUCCGCGGCCUGUGGCGGGGAGAGGGCAUCCACGAGCACUCGGACGAGUCUCGCGCGCGUCUCGUAACCGACAGCAAGUCUCUAGUUGACCAGUUCGCCGACCUUGCCGUGCACCUUUUUGCCGCGCACGACCAAUCCCUGCUAAUGGACUUCCUAAAAACCUCGACCGCAUACGCAUUCGAAAAGGCCGCGCAAGAAUGCGAAACGCACAACUACGUCCCCGAGCUCGUCUACCUGUACUCCAAAACCGGCGAGACCAAACGCGCCCUCUACCUCAUCAUCGACCGGCUCGGCGACGUCAGCCGGGCCAUCGCCUUCGCCAAGGAGCAGGACGACCCGGACCUCUGGGAGGACCUGCUGACCUACAGCAUGGACAAGCCGCGCUUUAUCCGCGCGCUGCUCGAGGAGGUCGGCACCGCCAUCAACUCCAUCACGCUCGUGCGCCGCAUCCCCGAGGGGCUCGAGAUCGAGGGUCUCCGCGAGGGGCUCAAGCACAUCAUGAAGGAGCACGAAAUCCAGUUCAGCAUCUGCGAGGGCGUGGCCCGCGUGCUGCGGAGCGAGGUGGCCGUCGCGCAGGGCUGCCUGCGGAUGGGUCAGCGGAGGGGCGUGCGCUUCGAGGUUCCCGUGGUCAAGCACCACGCGGCGUCGCAAGAAAAAGACGCGCAACAACAACACCCACCACCACCAUCACAUGCCGCCGAGGCACCCACCGACGCCCACAACGGACACGCCCGCUCCACCAACGGCGACGGGACCCCCGCCCAUGGCGGGCCUGGACGGCGCCAUAGCAAGGAAGGCGCGCAAGUGUGCGCCGGGCCACUGCGCCUGGGUGCGGGGAGGCGUUUGUCGAGUGGGAGGUUGAGACGCUGGUGGGGUUUGCGUGUGGGCAUGUCUUUCACCUGUCGCAUCUGCUGGAGGCGCUGA